AAAUCGAGACUUCGUUACGACUCGGAAACACACACCACUGCGGCAGAAAGUGGCACAGUCUAUCGAUCGACAUCAGGGACUUGCCUCUUUUUUAAAAAUCAGGGCCAAUGACCAAUGUUUUAGAAAAUUCCUGUUGUCAACGUGUGCUGUGCCAUUCCCCGUCAUGAGGCCCGCCAACGGUGAACAAGGCAACAUGACCUUUAUGUCUGUGUUGCCGAAACAUUGAUUUCGUAACCACAUUGACAAUUAUGGGAUCUUUACAGAAAUUUUCCACCAUGGCCCCGCAAAGCCACCCUUGGUUCGGGUUUUGGUAGUCCGCCAACGAAAUCCACUUGAACCUGCACGAACGCUGCGUUUCCCUCCCAGCCCAAGCGUCCUUGUUCGAUGAAAGUGAAUCCUCGUGUCUUUUUCGAUAUAGACAUCGAUGGCCAGCGAGUUGGUCGAGUCAUCUUCGAAUUGUUCGCCGAUGAAGUCCCAAGAACCGCAGAAAACUUUCGAGUGCUGUGCACAGGUGAACAAGGUCUUGGAAAAGUGAGCAAUAUGCCGCUUCACUAUCGUGGAUCCAUCUUUCACAGAGUUAUCAAAGGUUUUAUGAUUCAGGGUGGUGAUUUUACUCGACGCAAUGGCACGGGUGGUGAAAGUAUUUACGGGGCCACUUUCCCUGAUGAAUCGUUUGCUCGCAAACAUACGGUUCACGGUCUGUUGAGCAUGGCAAAUCGUGGACCCAACACACAGUCGUCUCAGUUCUUCAUUACCACUCGACCUACACCUCACUUGGACGGUAAACACGUCGUCUUUGGUCGUGUGGUGUCCGGCUACAACAUUAUUGAACAACUCGAAUGCGAACCCGUGGACGACAAGGAUCGCCCGCUCCGUACCCUUAUGAUCGCCAAUUCCGGUGAACUCAUAUUGAAACUGCCUCCAGGUGUUAAACUGAAGGAUCCAAAGGAGCAAGCCAAAGGAACCAAGAGAUCACGAUCGAACUCAGUUUCGGACGAAGACUCCGGCACGGCAUCCGAAUCACAUACAGACAGUGAGGAAGAAAGUAGACGGCGGAAAAAGAGAAAGAGUAAAAAGAAAGACAAGAAGAAGCAUAAGAAGAAACGAAAGCACGAAAAGAAACACUCUCGACACCACAGUUCAAGCCCGGAGCGGUCUGCAUCGCCCAUCAAGGUGACCUACCAAUCAGACGAGGAUGUACCUUUACUCUCCUCCAAAGAAGACGCCCCCCGCCGUCGUUCCUCCGAUACACGAUUACCUUACUCAUCCUUUCACGAAAAGGAUGCUGAAAAACCUGAGUGGGAGCGUCGACGUCGGUUCGAUGACCCGAACGUCACAUUCAAAGGAAGAGGCCAUGUGAAAUAUCGAUCAAAGGGUAAAGGCAUGCGUGCCUGGUAAAGUGCCUGUGACGUUUGAAAGCCCCCUUCUGAAAUCAAAUCACGUCGCCAAGGUUGAUGCGAUGUUAAUUCAUGCAUAAAAACGAACUUAUUCUGCUUUGAUGGUACAACGAACGAAUAUGAAGCUGCACUACCGUGAGCCGUCACACGAAUCUCCUCAUAAUCACACUCAUUUACAAUAAAUACUCGUCAUCCUGUGAUCAUUGCUUUUCUUUUCUUUCU